ACCGGGAAUUAUUGUUGAGUCAACCCAAAUGCUUCGAUGACUUCCUUCCAUUGCAACCCAAGAAAUACUCCAUGUGAUGCAGUCACCAACAGCUUUUGGAACGACAUCAAUCUCCAAUCCAUUCCCACUCCACUUGCCGAUUUCAUUUCUUUUGCCCUGAUAAUUGACCACUCUGUUCACCCAAAGUCUUCCCAUUCGAUUGUUCCUUUUCUUCUUCUUCUUCUUAUCUGACGAUCGUGAGCGGCAUCGACUUCGUCGGUCGCCGGGGAUUAGUGCAAUCUGUGGGGGGAAAGAGUGUAAAACGGAGAUGAAGGUGGUGGUGGAGGUUGCGGAUGCAGCGGGGUUGAUGCCGAAGGAUGGCCACGGGUCUGCGAACCCGUUCGUGGAGGUGGAGUUCGACGACCAGCGCCAGCGCACGCAGACCAAGUUGAAGGACCUUAACCCGGCGUGGAACGAGACCUUCGUCUUCAACGUCUCCGACGCCGCGCAGCUCGUGGACAAGACUAUUGAGGUGUCGGUGUACCACGAUAAGAGGUCCGAUGGCGUCGGUCACCGACCUAAUUUCCUUGGCCGCGUCCGCAUCUCCGGGGCCUCCGUCCCGCUGUCCGCCAGCGACGGGGUGCUGCUGCGGUUUCCCCUCGAUAAGCGCGGCAUGUUCUCGAACGUCCGCGGUGAUAUCGGACUCCGCGUCUACGCAAUGCCGGAGUCAGCCGCGGAGGUCAGCCUCGCGGCGGAUGUGCCGCUCGCUGGUCCUUUCGUCGCCGUCGAGGAAGCUCAAACGGAGAACAAAGAGAAGAAGAAGACGACGACGAAGGCCUCUUCGUCGGUCGCUCCGGAGGAGCCGCCUCGGGCGUUCUAUUCCGUCGGAGUCGGCGAUACCGGUAGCGCUGCCGCUGCCACCGCUGCCGGCGGAGGAUUGGCGCACGAUAUCGCGCAGGUGAAGCAGGCUAUGUCGGACUUACCUCCGGUCAUGAACAUGUCCCAAACCCAAGCACGGGCAGCAGCAGCGGAGGCGAAAGCUGCGCCUCCGCCGGCCCUGAUCCAACUCCUCCCUCCUCCCCUCCGACCCGGCAGUCAGUACGACCUCGUGGAGACACCGCCGCCCCUGGCAAGCCGCCCCGGGUUCCGCAGCGCGAUCCUCGGCGCCGCAGGGGAGAAGAUCGCCUCCACCUACGACCUGGUGGAGCAGAUGCGAUACCUGUACGUGAACGUGGUGAGGGCUCGGGACCUCCCCACCAUGGACAUCACCGGCUCCCUCGAUCCGUACGUGGAGCUGAAGCUCGGGAACUACAAGGCCAGAACGAAAUACAUGGACAAGAAUUCCAAUCCCGUGUGGCAGCAGAUCUUCGCCUUCUCCCAGCACAAUCUCCAGGCCAACGUCCUCGAGGUGGUCGUCAAGGACAAGGACUUGCUGAGGGAUGACUUCGUGGGACGACUCACCUUCGACCUGGCUGAGGUGCCCCAGCGGAUGCCCCCCGAUAGCCCCCUGGCGCCGCAAUGGUACAAGCUGGAGGACAAGAAGGGGGACAAGAUUAAGAAUGGCGAGCUCUUGCUCUCUGUGUGGAUGGGGACGCAGGCCGACGAGGCCUUCCCCAUUGCUUGGCAGUCCGACGCCCACGACAUCAGCCUCGAAGGCCUAGCCAACACCCGCUCCAAGGUCUACUUCUCUCCCAAGCUCGUCUAUCUCCGUGUCAUCGCCAUCGGGGCGCAGGACCUCGUGCCACACGACAGGAGUCGCCCGCCGGUCCAGGUCUUGCUCAGAGCACAGCUGGGCCACCAAAUGUUAUGCACUCGCGGCGUCCCCGGCACGAUCAACCCUGUUUGGAACGACGAGCUCAUGUUCGUGGCGUCGGAGCCGUUCGAGGAGCCGCUCGUGUUGACGGUGGAGGACCGGGUGGCGGCGAACCGCCACGAGCCGCUCGGCCGGCUGGUGCUGCCGCUGUCCUACGCGUAUAAGCGGAUGGAGCAUCAUCACAAACCGGUGGAGCCUCGUUGGUUCAGCCUCGCCAAGCCGACGGCCUCAGACGAGGUGGCCGGCGAGAGCGAGAAGAAGAAGGAGCAGCACAAGUUCUCCAGCAAGAUCCACCUCCAUCUCUAUCUCGAGAUGGGCUACCACGUGCUAGACGAAUCGACGCUCUACAGUAGCGACUUCCAGCCGGCGUCGGCGUCGAAGUUGCUCCGGCCUAGGCAGAGCAUCGGAGUCUUUGAGCUCGGCAUCCUCGGGGCGCGCAACCUCAUGCCGAUGAAGGCCAUGGACGGGCGAACCACUGAUGCCUACUGCGUGGCUCGGUACGGAUCCAAAUGGGUCCGGACACGGACGGUCCUCAACAGUCUCUCGCCGCAGUGGCACGAGCAGUACACUUGGGAGGUGUUCGAUCCCUGCACGGUGGUCACCAUCGCCGUCUUCGACAACUGCCAUUGGGGCGGCGGCCACAAGGAGGGCGUCAGGGACCAGAGGAUCGGCAAGGUCCGGAUCCGGUUGUCAACACUGGAGACCGACCGAGUCUACACCCAUUUCUAUCCCCUGUUAACGCUACACCCCUCCGGCCUGAGAAAAACAGGGGAGCUGCAUUUGGCCGUCAGAUUCACCUGCACCUCGAGGGUGAACAUGUUGGCCCUCUACGGGAAGCCGCUGCUGCCGAAGAUGCACUAUGUCCAGCCGAUUUCGAUGAGGAUGAUGGACUACCUCCGGCGCCAAGCAAUGAUCAUCGUGGCCGCUCGGCUGGGCCGCGCAGAGCCGCCGUUGCUGCGGGAGGUGGUGGAAUACAUGCUUGACGUGGACUCCCACAUGUUUAGCCUGCGGCGGAGCAAGGCCAACUUCAACCGCAUCAUGUCGCUGCUCUCCGGCGUGACCGCGGCAGCCGGAUGGUUCAACGCCGUGCGGAGCUGGAGGAACCCGGUGACGACCAUCCUGGUUCACGUCCUGUUCGUCAUCCUGGUCUUCUAUCCGGAUCUGAUCCUGCCCACCGUGUUCCUCUACCUCUUCCUGGUGGGCGCUUGGAACUACCGGUUCCGGCCGCGAAAUCCGCCGCACAUGGACACGAGGCUGUCCAUGGCGGAGACGGCCCGACCAGACGAGCUCGACGAGGAGUGCGACACGUUCCCGUCGUCGAAGCCCGCCGACGUCAUACGCAACCGGUACGACCGUUUGCGCAGUGUGGCGGGGAAGGUGCAGACCGUCAUGGGCGAUAUGGCGACGCAGGGCGAGAGGGUGCAGGCGCUUCUCAGCUGGCGAGACCCACGCGCCACCACCAUCUUCAUCCUGCUCUCCCUCGCCACCGCCGUCGUCCUCUACGUGACUCCGUUCCAGGUGCUGGCGGUGCUCGUCGGAAUGUUCCUGCUCCGCCACCCUCGCUUCCGGAGCCGUAUGCCCUCUGUUCCCUUUAAUUUCUUCCGGAGGUUGCCGGCGAAGUCCGACAUGCUUCUAUAGACUCUUCCCACGACUCCAUUUCCAGUCCAAGAUCAACGUUGUGCAAUGAAUAUGGAAUCUCAACUUUAAUCUACGUGAUACGGUAUCAUUCUUCUGAAUUCAGCAGCCAAUCGAUUUGGAUUGAAUCUGAAAGACAUCAUUCUGCUCGAUCUUUUCGAUACCAGCGAGAAAGCUGCAGCCCUUCAUAAAUUAGCAUGCGGUCAAUUUACUACUUUCCCUUCAUUAAUGAUAUAAUUCUCAUUCGUUUUUCUUUUU